AAAAUAUUACCUCCGCCAGGGUUUGAAUAUGAACCUUCCUACUCACUAGGCGGGCGUCCCUCAGUGAGGUAGGUUCAGGUUCAGGUUAAAAUCCUGGCUGAGGAUACGACACCAGCCUUUUUGCGAAUGAAAGGAUAAUACAGUGAUGAGUCUUUUGCCGCACAUUAAGAAGUAACACGUCUCAACAGCUUGAAUCGACCGUGAAGGAAACAAAUCUAAAUAAGAUGGAUCUGCACAAUCGUUAUUUACAUUUUUCUGCAGUGAACGUCUCACUUUUACAAGCUAUAGACAGCACAUACAAGAUUAACAUACACCAUUUGAUGCAGUAUUACAAUUGUGAGAUAACUAUACAAGAGUUGAAUAUAGAUAAACUUGAGCUCUGUCGAUUGCUAUUGUGUUACGAAUAUCAGUCUGCGUUUCAUGAUAUCAAGAGUGACGAUUGUAAGAAGUAUACAAUACCUGCUGACGCAGAGAAACUUUGCUUUCCCAGCAUAAAAAUGAUUUUUCCACCAAAUUACUCGCGAAACCCUUCGCAAAUCUCGCUCUUGUGUGACAUAAUCAUUCUGCAAAUGAUACUUUACCACAAUGCUAGCUCGGUCAAGCAACGUCUGCGAAACUUCCUUUACUUGAGCAACACUUAUAUUGCAACCAGCGAUUCUAGAAUUAUGUAUAUGAAGGUAUUGGAGUGUCUUUUAGAAUUUUUACACUUGUAUGAGCUUCAUGCCACUAGUGAAGAGAUCAAAGAAUUGAAAGACCUUGGUCACAUGUAUUUAGAGAUUAUGAAGUCUUGGAUAAGAGUGAAGGAAGAUAGUGAAUGGAAACUGUUUGUCUCGAUGUUUCCUAAGUUAGUAAAGAUUUUCACCUCUAAGUGUAUCGUUUUCCCUCUAUGGGACCAUUUCCUGUAUAAAGUGAAUAAUUUAAAAGAGUUUCUUACUGCCUUAAGUAUCAUGGCAGACAUAAGCCUGACAUUGUCUGAUUCAAUGCAUUAUAUACACCAUGAUAUUUAUUGUAAGAGCACGUUCUGGUUGUUCGUAUUAAAGGGAUUGCGCUCGUCCUUGCCGCAUUAUCGCAAACAAGCUGUAUACAUAAUGAAGAAAGCAAUCGAUUCCAUGAGCGAGGAGAUUGUAUUGAAUUUGGCACAAUCCGAUUUGACAAAGGCACAAGUUACACCGUUUAUUUGUAAUCAAUCUGACACGUUUUUAUCGACAGAUCACAUCAAGGAAAAAUUUUUCCUGGUGUAUGAAGCGUUGGAAGAGAAACAAGAACACUUGGUAACACCAGCUUUAGUUCACGUAGCUGAUCUAGUAAAAGUAAACAAAGAACACAGAGCCUGCGAUUGCUUCAACGCUGUAUGGCUGCGGUGCAUUCUCGAGAAAGUUUUACUGCACGAGGACAAUCGUGUUGUAAAGUGGGGUGUAUCUUACGCUUGCAGAUUGGAUGACAUCAUAUUUGACAAUGAGUUUCUCGAAUUGUUUGUGAGAGUCCUGAAUAACAACUUCCUUUAUGAAUGUCAGCCCGACGAAGAAUGUCCGGGCGUCGUGAAAGAACUCUCGCAGUUCCUCAGACGCGCGGAGAAGAGCGAUUUGUCCAAUAGAUUUCUCAAAAAUAUCAGCCGCGUAGCCUGGGGCCCUGUGGCAAUAUUUUACGUACUACACGUGUUACGAACAGUUUCGCAGGAAGAGACACAACAUUCCAGUUGGCAGAUUGCUGAAUUGAACUCGGUUAAAUCUCUAGUGGAGACAAAUCUGAGCAUGCACUCUCAUAUUCUACGUACCGCGUCUCAAGUUGAGCUCUUGAAAGCGAUCCCCAAUUACGUACGACAGAUAAACGACUUGCCGUUGCUCGCUAAUGUUUUAGUCGCGUUUCCCCCUGGAGAGGGUCUCACGAGAGGGACGAUUCCUUGGAACAUAAUUACGACAUGGUUGCAAAAUUUAUUAGCGAAAAAUAGCGCAGAGACUUUCGUAAACGAGACUUGUGCCAGAUACUCGCAUAAAAAUGCUAGUCCCGAAAUGAGUUCUAGGACAUUUGCAAUAAUGGUAUAUUUGUUAUCUGAUGCAAAUCUUGUAUUCUCGUACAAGUCAUGUCCCGCUGCAACAUCAUUAGGCAAUUGGCUGUCUUCCCUGAAUGGCAUCGUCCUCCGGCCUUACGCUGAUAUUAUCUCGAGUAUAUAUAUAGUAGAAUUUAUGUCGCAUUUGCUGCUUCUUUCCGCGAAAAAGUCUUCAAGUUCCCUCGAUAACAUGACAAACUUUGUCUCGCUACACAUACGUAUCACUUUUAAUUUUUUAAUUAAAUGCAUGAAAAGGAUGUCCGCGGAGCUGACUUACGAAGAUUACACGAGAUAUACAACUGUCGUAUCCUCGCAUAUCAAUAACGCGUCGUUCUUUAUACCGGAAAAGGAUAUGAAAUUUUACGUGGAGACUUUGCGCAACGAAAGUAUGAACUUGAUAGACAAUGUGCAAAAUCUAAAUCUGCAAUACUUGUAUGGAUUACACGUUUUAUAUCUCUCUCAGAACGUAUUGGCUUUGCCAAUCGCAGAAGCCUUUUACACGAAGCAUCUAUUGACUAAGCGAAUAUCAAUGGACAUUCAUAAGGAUGUCAGUGCAACAAAUUUAAAAGGGAAAAUUACAUCGGAAUAUUCUUUGCUUCUUUUGAAACUUAUGCACGAGUAUUUCGUGAAUUCUCCAGCGUCCUCGUGGGGUCCUGUUGCCACGAUGCUAUCUAAUUUGCUAAAAUUUCUUGAAGUAAGCUUGCUAGAAAACAUUCCCGAGAUUGCAAAGAUACUUACGGUGAUGGUUGAUAAUAAGGUUGUAAGUGAUAAGGGCGAUAGAAAAACUUUGGAAUAUGCCUUUAACUUGAGCUUCACGUGUAUCAUCAACAGUAAAAAGAACAAUGUCUUUUGGACAGCAAUGGAGAACCUUAUGGGAGUUAUUAUUAAUAAUAACUUCUUGCUUUUGCCUGAUGCCAUACAAUUCGCAAAAGAGUACAUCGCUAAACUAUUAGACGAAAGAGAGAAUACACCAAGGUUCAAAAGGAUAAUACUUUCCAAAAUGAAAAAUUUGGACGUGUGCAAUUUGAUAAAAUUAGAAAGCUUGUUAGGGAACUGUUUGCUUCACGGUUCUAUAUAUCGGCGCGACAAGAAAAUCGAAAAUUAUGCCCAUUUAUUUAUCAUCAAGCACUUGAGUCAAUAUUAUCCAAAACAUAUUUUUACGUUGGAUUAUAAUAACGAUACCGCGAUUAGAGCAGAGGCGGUUAUAUUGUUACACAGAAUAAUUCAUUCAGAAGUAAAUUAUACAGUUACGUUUGUACGGCUAAUACUCGAUACAUUGGAAAAACACGCAACCAAGAGAUAUUUUAACGACUCGCCCUUACACAAAUUAAAACACAGAGCAAUGCAAAUUUUAUUGAUAUUGGAACCACUGUUGAAUAAGGAAUUUGUUCCCUUACUACAGGAAAAAUUGUGUGAUUUUAUCUUUUCGGAAAGUAAUCAGUCCAGCGUAAGAAUAAUGCAGGAAUGGUUGAUGAUACGAAUCUUUGAGAAAUAUAGUCACCUGCAUGAUAAGUUGUGGUCAUUUUUCGCAAAGGUAAUCCUAAUGAAUUCUAUAAUCCUAUACAAAAAGAAAUUUCUCAAAUAUCUUUGCUUCACAGAAUAUAUAUAUUUUUUUUUCCAGAGUAUAAAGCAUCGACCAAGGUGUACGAUCUCUCUGGCAAUCAUUGUCUAUCAUGUUGCGAAACUUCUUUCAGGUAACAAUCAGAAAGCUUUUAUUCACAAGGCCCUGCCAUACAUAGUACAAUGUUGCUUGGGGCAACAAUUUAACGUGCGCAUGUAUAAUCAGUUCGUUUUGACGCAAUUGUACGAAUUAAUGAAAAUAACAUACGGCGGUGACAGCAUAUCAGAAUAUAAAGGUAUAUAUCAAGCAGCUGUCGUUGGAUUGCAACAGGAAAGUUUGACGAAAAAUUCAUUCAGAAUACAGGAUGAUUUUUACUUUUUCAAGUUUCAUCCAAUCAACGAUUACAGCUUACAGACAAUUUACUACGAACUGCCGCGUUUGACUAAUGUAAGUUUCGACGAAUGGAUUAGUCCACAUGUGUUCAAAGACUUGAAUUUUAAGGAAAAUGAUGAUCAUCCUCUGCAGCUUCAUAACACAAGUUUAUUUCUAACUCAGGCCAAACCUUCCGUAUAUCUAACAAAAUCUUUUACAGGUGAUACACUCACCGAAUUAUUAGACAAUAAUAUUGAAGUCAACAUGCCUUUAUAUGAUAUCCAGAAAAAGAUUGAUCCGUCGAAGCCUAUAGAAUUACGUGGCAAUAUUUUUGAAAUGACGAGCGAAUUCAUACUUCUGCAAGAUAUGCAGUUGCAGGAAGGACUAAUAGUUGUAACAUCUUUUGUUGAUCGACCACCGAAUUUAGGUGGAAUUGCCAGAACAUGCGAAAUAUUUGGAGUCACAGCAUUAGUUGUCGCAAAUGCGGAUUGUGUAAAAAACAAAGAAUUUCAGUCUCUCAGCGUAUCUGCUGAUAAAUGGUUAAAUAUGUUACAGGUAAAGCCGCACGAGUUACAGAAAUUCUUGUUGGACAGAAAGAAUGCAGGAUGGUCUUUAAUUGGGGUUGAACAGACGGUCAACAGUGUAAAUCUGACAACGACACAAUUCGAGAAAAAGACAAUCCUUAUUCUAGGGAACGAGAAGGAUGGUAUACCACCGAAUUUCAUUCCCCUCUUCGACAAAUGCGUAGAAAUUCCUCAAGAAGGUAUGACACGAUCAUUGAAUGUCCAUGUUACCGCUGCAAUUUGCAUAUGGCAGUAUGCAAGUCAACAUGCACUGACAAAAUAACUUUUCCAUGUUUGUAAGAUACGAGAUGACGAAAUUCAAUAAAUAUUUCAACAAAUUUA